GCCCUUAUAAGAGAGAGAACUGACAUCGCUCUCUCUUUCUCUCUCUUAGCUUGCUAGUGAGGUUCAAAGCUGAAGCCACACUCUCUCUUUCUCAAUCCAAGAUAGUGAUAGUUUACUUCUUUUCUUUUCAUUUCCUUUCCUUCUCUUUCUCUGCUCUUUCAUGGCGAUCUCGAAGAACGUGCUGCCUUAUUUUGGGGCUUGAUUCUUCACGAAAUUACGGAAAUAACUGAUUUUGAACUAGUAUAGAAGAAGAUCUCUUUGGAUUUGGUUUGAUCUGGUUUCAUGAUUUUUUCUUUUUUCUUUUUCUUUCUUAGGGUUUUAUUUUCUUAGGGUUUUGAAGUUCUAAUUGUUGGUUUGAUUAUUUUUUAAUUUUAUUUUACAUUAGAAGUCUAUUGUGUGGAUUUGAGGUAAAGAAGUGCAGAGAUGAGAGAAUGCAAGGGUUUUUUGUUGGAUUGGAAGAUGAUUACUAUUAUUACUAUGGUAGCUGUGAGUGAGGGUUUUAUAUAGCUAAUAUUUGUAUUAAUUAAUAUAAUUUAUAAAUAAAUAUAUAUAUUGACAACAAAAAGAGGGGGAAAAAGGUGGAAGAUGAAGCUUUCAACAUCAGGAUUAGGUCAGCAGGGUCAUGAAGGGGAAAAGAAAUGUUUGAAUUCGGAGCUAUGGCAUGCCUGCGCUGGACCACUGGUGUCCCUACCAACUGUGGGUAGCAGAGUGGUAUAUUUCCCUCAGGGACAUAGUGAGCAGGUGGCUGCCACUACUAACAAGGAAGUUGAUGGGCACAUACCCAAUUACCCAAGCUUGCCGCCCCAGUUGAUAUGCCAACUCCACAAUGUCACUAUGCACGCAGACGUUGAAACAGAUGAAGUAUAUGCCCAGAUGACUUUACAGCCAUUGACACCGCAAGAGCAAAAAGAUACAUUUCUUCCCAUGGAAUUGGGAAUGCCAAGCAAGCAGCCCACUAAUUAUUUUUGCAAGACAUUGACUGCCAGUGAUACAAGUACACAUGGAGGCUUUUCUGUUCCUCGUCGUGCUGCAGAGAAAGUUUUUCCUCCCCUGGAUUUCUCGCAACAGCCACCAGCUCAGGAACUUAUUGCAAGGGAUCUGCAUGACGUUGAAUGGAAAUUCAGGCACAUAUUCCGAGGACAGCCCAAAAGGCAUCUGCUUACUACAGGGUGGAGUGUAUUUGUUAGUGCCAAAAGACUUGUGGCUGGAGAUUCUGUUCUUUUCAUCUGGAAUGAGAAAAAUCAGCUUCUUUUGGGAAUUCGCCGGGCUACUCGACCACAAACUGUAAUGCCAUCAUCAGUGUUAUCCAGUGAUAGUAUGCACAUUGGACUUCUCGCUGCUGCAGCUCAUGCCGCAGCAACCAAUAGCUGUUUUACUGUUUUCUAUAAUCCAAGGGCUAGUCCAUCAGAGUUCGUUAUACCUCUUUCCAAAUAUGUCAAAGCAGUAUUUCACACGCGUGUUUCAGUUGGGAUGCGCUUCCGAAUGCUCUUUGAGACUGAAGAAUCAAGUGUCCGUAGGUACAUGGGCACCAUAACAGGCAUAAGUGAUCUGGAUCCUGUUCGUUGGCCAAAUUCUCAUUGGCGUUCUGUCAAGGUUGGCUGGGAUGAGUCAACAGCAGGUGAGAGACAGCCAAGGGUGUCAUUGUGGGAGAUUGAACCUUUAACUACUUUCCCCAUGUACCCAUCACUAUUUCCCCUCAGACUUAGACGACCUUGGCAUCCUGGGCCCUCAUCUCUGCAUGAUAACAGAGAUGAAGCUGGAAACGGGUUAAUGUGGCUAAGGGGUGGAACUGGUGAACAGGGUCUUCACUCUCUGAAUUUUCAAGCUGUUAAUAUGUUUCCCUGGACGCAGCAGAGGCUGGAUCCAGCAUUGCUAGGGAAUGAUCAGAACCAGUGGUAUCAGGCUAUGAUGGCUAGUGGUUUGCAGAAUAUGGGAAAUGGAGAUCCCCUGAGACAGCAAUUCAUGCAGUUUCAGCAGCCUUUCCAAUAUCUUCAACAAUCAAGCAACCAUUAUCCAAUGUUGCAGAUGCAACAGCAACAUCAAACAAUUCAACAAUCAAACUCUCAUAAUUUGAUGCAGGUACAAAACCAGAUUUCAACUGAAGCCUUACCUCGGCAUCUGCUGCAGCAACAACUCAACAAUCAGCCAGAUGAUCAGGCACAGGCACAGCAACAGCAACAGCAACAUAACUAUCACGAUGCGCUUCAGAUUCAAGGUGAACAACUCCAGAGACAACAGUCGAAUGUGCCUUCUCCAUCAUUUUCAAAAACAGAUUUCAUGGACUCGAGUGCCAAAUUCUCAGCAUCAACCACCCCUAUACAGAACAUGCUAGGUUCUCUAUGUGCUGAAGGCAGUGGCAAUCUUUUGGACUUCACCAGAACUGGUCAAUCUACGCUAACUACACUAACUGAGCAGUUGCCCCAACAGUCUUGGGUCCAAAAAUAUGCACAUUCUCAGGUCAAUGCUUUUACCAAUUCAGUGUCACUCCCACGAUCAUAUCCUGAGAAAGAUCCAUCUAUGGAGCCAGAAAACUGCAACUUGGAUGCCCAGAAUGCUACCAAUUUUGGCGUGAAUAUUGAUUCAUCUGGACUUCUACUACCAACCACACUGCCCAGAUUUGCCACUUCUUCAGUUGAUGCUGAUGUGUCCUCAAUGCCAUUAGGAGAUUCUGGAUUUCAGAAUUCUAUGUAUGGUGGUGUGCAAGACUCUUCUGAAUUUGUGCAGAGUGCAGGGCAAGUUGACCCACCAACUUCAAGUCGAACAUUUGUCAAGGUAUAUAAGUCGGGGUCAGUUGGGCGCUCACUGGACAUCUCCCGGUUCAGCAGCUAUCACGAGCUGCGAGAGGAACUGGCUCAGAUGUUUGGCAUCGAGGGGAAGCUAGAAAACCCUCAUAGAUCAGGCUGGCAGCUUGUAUUUGUCGACAGGGAGAAUGAUGUGCUUCUCCUUGGAGAUGACCCGUGGGAGGCAUUUGUGAAUAAUGUUUGGUAUAUCAAGAUACUUUCCCCAGAGGAUGUACAAAAGUUGGGAGAGCAGGGGGUUGAAUCCUUCAGCCCAAAUGUAAGCCAAAGGAUCGAGUAAUGGUGAGGCAGAGACCUCAGCUCAAGGCCGACAUCUUGCUUGAAUACUGUCUGUUCGAGAAUUAUAUGACGUCCUUCCACGAAUUUUCAUGAAAUCCUCUCUCUAGGUUCAGAGAUAAAAUUUACUAAGUUUUCCACUCUAGUGUGUGCAUGCACUAUUUACUACUGUUUCUAUGGAGUUCUUAAAAUUUUAUUGUAUACCACUUGUUUUGUCCAAGACUAACUAGUUCUGAUGAAUUUGACUAUUGUCGUGGAUCAAAUACAUGUAAGUUAACCACGACACAUCAAAAAUUUAGAAUGUCAGAAGGUUUUUAGCAUAUUGCAAUUAUAUUAUCAUCUUUGAUGUUAUAAGAUAUUA